UGCGUUUGCGGUCAGUUGCUCGAAAAUGUCACGGAUUUUGGUCGCGUUUGUGGUGCUUCUCGGAGUGGCCAGCUCCCUGGCGGAUCCUCUUUACCGGAACGAGGUGGUUGAGGUUCCCAAGCUCGAUGGACGCAUUGUCGGUGGAGAGAACACGAACAUCACCCACUAUCCGCAUCAAGUGUCGAUGAGAUAUAGAGGAAAUCACCGAUGUGGAGGCGCCGUUUACAAGACAAACAUUAUCAUCAGUGCUGCUCAUUGUUUGAACACGUUGACUGGACCGGAAAAUCUAACAAUUGUGGCUGGCUCCUCGAACAUCUGGUUUCCCACGGGACCGCAACAGGAGUUGGCUGUUCGCAAGUUCAUCAUUCACCCGAAGUAUCGCACACUGAACAACGAUUACGAUGCGGCCAUUUUGAUUCUGGAUGGCGACUUUGAGUUCAAUAAGGCAGUGCAACCCAUUCAGUUGGCCAAGGAGCGUCCGGAGCACGAUACUCUCGUAACGGUGACUGGAUGGGGUACCACUAGCGAAGGAGGCACCAUCUCCGAUGUCCUCCAGGAGGUCAGCGUGAAUGUGGUGGAGAACACGCAGUGCAAGAGCGCCUAUUCCAUCAUGCUGACCAGUAGAAUGCUCUGCGCUGGGGUCACCGGCGGCGGAAAGGAUGCCUGCCAGGGCGAUUCCGGUGGUCCACUGAUCCACAACAACGAACUCCUGGGCAUUGUCUCCUGGGGAACGGGCUGUGCCCGCGAGAAGUAUCCCGGCGUCUAUUGCUCCGUUCCGGAUGUUCGCGACUGGCUACUGGAGAUCAUCGAUGCCCAGUCUGAUAUUGGCAAAAUUGACUUUCUGUAAAUAAAGCUCUUAAAUAUA